AAUUCUAAUCUUCCUCUAAUCACCUACACAUAUAAUAAAAAGCUUGCACACAAACAGAAAGAAAAUACAAGAAAAUUGCUAAAAAAUUGAAUGGCAGUAGACUACCGAUGCUGUGAAACAGGUUUCUUUAUACACAUUGCUGUUGUUACUUUUCUGGUGUUGUUUGCAGGGUUAAUGUCUGGACUCACCUUAGGACUCAUGUCGAUGAGUCUUGUUGAUCUUGAAGUUCUUGCCAAAUCUGGAACGCCAAGUGACCGUAAACACGCAACAAAAAUAUUGCCAGUAGUGAAAAGACAACAUCUGCUUCUGUGUACCUUAUUAAUCUGUAAUGCUGCUGCUAUGGAGGCACUACCCAUUUUCUUGGAUAGUUUGGUAACAGCUUGGGGUGCUGUUCUUAUUUCUGUGACCUUGAUACUGUUAUUCGGUGAGAUUAUUCCUCAAGCUGUUUGUUCCCGAUAUGGGUUGGCAAUUGGUGCAGCAGUGGCUCCAAUUGUGCAAGUUCUGGUUUGGAUUUGUUUUCCUCUUGCAUAUCCAAUAAGCAAGUUACUGGAUUAUUUGCUUGGAGAAGGACAUGAUGCUCUUUUUCGCAGAGCUGAGUUGAAAACACUCGUAGAUUUCCAUGGUAAUGAGGCUGGAAAAGGAGGAGAAUUGACACGAGAUGAAACGACAAUUAUUGCAGGAGCACUUGAACUCACUGAGAAAACAGCGAAAGAUGCAAUGACACCCAUAUCUGAAACUUUUUCUGUUGACAUGAACGCUAAACUUGACAGUGCUUUAAUGAAGCUAAUUUUAGAGGAAGGUCACAGUAGAGUACCAGUUUAUCAUGAGCAUCCGAAAAACAUAAUUGGACUUAUAUUGGUGAAGAACUUGCUAACCAUUCAUCCAGAAGAUGAGAUUCCAGUAAAGAAUGUUACUAUCCGCAAAAUCCCAAGGGUUUCAGAGAGAAUGCCUCUUUAUGAAAUACUAAAUGAGUUUCAGAAAGGGCAUAGCCAUAUGGCUGUUGUCAUAAAAAAACACAAUGACAAGGAGCAAUCCACAGGCGAUAGCAUCUUUAAUGGUAGAGAUGUGAAAGUGGACAUUGAUGGUCAACAAAAGAAAAGUUUAAAGAGCAACAACAGAUCAUUCAAGAAGCUAAAGAGUGAAACAAAUAUACAAAGGGUUAACUCCUCUAAGAACAAAAAAUGGGCAAAUGGGGUCCACUCAGAAGUCUUACAUAUAGAUGAGGUCCCUCUCCCAAGGUUUACUGAAGAAGGAGAGGCCAUUGGCAUAAUAACACUGGAAGAUGUAAUUGAAGAACUUUUACAAGAGGAGAUCUUUGAUGAGACGGAUUAUCGUGAUGGGCAUCAGUAAUUCCCUAACCACAGUAAAGGAGUUUAUUCUUUAUCCAAGAGCUGAAACAUUUACAAGCUCAACCAGCAGAAGCUAGAUUCAGAUGCAUAAUGACAAUAGAUACAUGUACUGUACUUGAGAAGUGAAUGCAAAACAACAUUUUGAGUAAUCUUUGACAUUUAUAUAUAUAAGAUUUUUCCCAGGAUAAUUCAUUA